CGCGGCGCGGCCCGGCCCCGGGGCGCGCCCAAAUAUAGCCCGGGGCGGGCAGGGCAGGGCAGGGCAGGACGCGGCGCGGCGGCGUGAGGCAGCCGGGGCAGAGCGCGCUCCUUGCCGCCCGCCCGCCCCCCGGAGCAGGGCGCCGCUCCCCUCAGCUUCCCGCCUCCGGCGAGCCGGCGCGGCGGCCGCCGCCACAGCGCGUAAAAAAUGGCAUUUCGGAAGGCAGUAAAAGGAACUGUUCUCAUUGGAGGAGGUGCCAUAGCAACAGUUUUUGGCCUCUCUCAAUUUUCUCAGUAUAGAAACAAACACGGUACUCUUGUGUAUGUUCAAGCUGCAGAACCUGUGGCUGUUCCAAUAAAGAACUAUUUUCCCACAAGAGAACAACAACUUUUGACCCUACAGUCUGCGAGUGAAUUUGAUGUCCUCGUUAUAGGCGGAGGAGCGACAGGAUGUGGUUGUGCUUUAGAUGCCGUCACUAGAGGACUAAAAACAGCCCUUCUAGAAAGAGAUGAUUUCUCAUCGGGGACCAGCAGCAGGAGUACUAAAUUGAUCCACGGUGGAGUGAGGUACCUGCAGAAGGCCAUCAUGAAGCUGGAUUUUGAGCAGUACAAGAUGGUGAAAGAAGCACUUCAUGAGCGUGCAAAUUUGCUUGAAAUUGCUCCUCAUUUAUCAGCUCCUUUGCCUAUAAUGCUGCCUGUUUACAAAUGGUGGCAGUUGCCAUACUACUGGGCAGGAAUAAAACUCUAUGACCUUGUGGCAGGAAAUCAGUGUCUGAAAAGUAGCUAUGUCCUUAGCAAGUCAAGAGCCUUGGAGUACUUCCCAAUGCUACGCAAAGACAAGCUUGUUGGUGCUAUUGUCUACUACGAUGGACAGCACAACGACGCACGAAUGAACCUCGCCAUCGCCCUCACUGCUGCCAGGUACGGCGCUGCCACAGCCAAUUACACUGAAGUGCUGCGCUUGCUCAAGAGGACGGACCCGCGCAGCGGCAAGGAGCGCGUGUGCGGGGCGCGCUGCAGGGACGUCCUAACAGGGCAGGAAUUUGAUGUCAAAGCCAAGUGUGUUAUCAAUGCUACAGGACCUUUCACAGACUCUGUGCGCAAAAUGGAUGAUCAGGAAGUACCAAACAUCUGUCAGCCAAGUGCAGGCGUGCAUAUUGUCAUGCCUGGUUAUUACAGCCCUGAUCACAUGGGUCUGCUUGACCCAGCCACCAGCGACGGCAGAGUGAUUUUCUUCCUGCCGUGGGAGAAGAUGACGAUAGCAGGGACCACAGACAGCCCAACUGAUGUUACUUCCCAUCCGAUACCAACAGAAGAAGAUAUAAACUUUAUUUUGAGUGAAGUGCGCAACUACCUUAGUUGCGAUGUUGAAGUGAGAAGAGGAGAUGUGCUGGCAGCAUGGAGUGGCAUUCGUCCUCUGGUCACGGACCCCAACUCUAAAGACACUCAGUCAAUAUCCCGCAAUCAUGUUGUUUCUAUCAGUGACAGUGGCCUUGUUACAAUAGCAGGUGGGAAGUGGACAACCUACCGUGCCAUGGCACAGGACACCAUUGACGCUGCUAUUCGGGCUCAUGGAUUCAACGUUGGUUCCAGUAGGACUGUUGGGCUGCCACUGGAAGGGGCUGAGUACUGGAGUCCUACUCUCUACAUUAGGUUAGUCCAAGACUACGGACUUGAAAGUGAGGUGGCUCAGCAUCUAGCUUCUACGUAUGGUGACAAGGCUUUUGAGGUGGCAAAAAUAGCCCAAGUUACAGGAAAGAGAUGGCCUAUUGUUGGGAAACGUCUUGUAUCUGAAUUUCCUUAUAUUGAAGCUGAGGUCAUAUAUGGUGUAAAAGAGUAUGCCCGCACAGCAGUGGAUAUGAUUUCCCGCCGUACGCGCUUGGCCUUCCUGAAUGUGCAGGCUGCUGAGGAAGCUUUGCCAAGAAUUGUAGAUAUAAUGGGGAAAGAACUUAACUGGAGUGAGCAGAAAAAAAAGGAAGAACUUGAAGCUGCUAAGAAGUUUCUAUAUUAUGAAAUGGGCUACAAAGUAAAAUCUGAUCAAUUAACAGACAGCUCUGAAAUCAGUUUAGUGCCUUCAGAUAUUGAAAGAUACAAGAAGCGAUUUCAUAUGUUUGACAAGGAGAAGAAAGGGUUUAUUACUAUACUGGAUGUCCAGCGUGUCUUGGAGAGCAUCAGCGUUCAGAUUGAUGAAAAUUCACUUCAUGAUAUUCUGAAUGAAGUAGAUCUGAACAAAAAUGGACAGGUUGAGCUCAAUGAGUUUUUGCAGCUCAUGAGUGCUAUUCAGAAGGGCCGCGUCUCUGGGAGCCGCCUGGCCGUCCUCAUGAAGACUGCGGAGGAGAACCUGGGUCAGAGGGUGGUCAUCCCCGUGGACCGGAGCGGUGGUGGUCUGUGAGUCUGAGCGUCCUGCUCCCGGGUGGAAACACAUUCCAGUGCUUUCGACUGUCUUUGCUCAUCCAAGAUGACUUGUAUCUGUCCAUCUGUGUAGCCCUUACAAAAAUACAUUGGUGCAUUUGUUUUCUUUAUUAAUGGUUUUGUACAGCUCUUAAUACUCCUGCAGUAUGUGGCCUUUUGGAAUGGGUGUGCUUUAGAUGUAGUUUAUUAGCAAGAGUUCAAGAACACAGCGUAGGAAGAUCUGCAUGCAGACACGGGUGCGUGUGAACACGCAGCCUUGUUCAUUAACUUUUACAUCACCUUUACCUUUAAAGAAAAUGAUGCUUAGAAAGUGAAUCCCCACUUUAAAGAGAGCAUUACGUGGAAUUCUGCAAAUGCGCAAAACUCGAGCAUUUAAAAGCUGCCAAUCUGUCCCCCUUGGAAAAGAGCAAGAGGGAAAGCUGCUGUCCUGGAGUUCAGGAUAGUAUCACAAAGCAAACAAAAACCUGAAAACUUCCGCAGGUAACUGUUAUGCUAAGGAGUUGUCAUGAUUAUUUACAGAGCCUUCCGUGGACGGCUGCUUUUGCUCUUCUCAGUGCUGUAUCAUUUCAGUGGUACCAGUACUUGGCUAGACAAAAAAUAUUAGCGGUAUGAAUCUGGAAAACUGCAAGACUAGACAAAAUCUUGAUUUAUCACCCAUAACUUAAAAUUUUGAUGUUAAAAGGGGGGACAACUUUCCUUUCUCCCAUGUUUGUAAAAAUAAGCUUCCUUUAAUAAAUUACAUUGUCUAGAAAGCGAUGUUUUGUGCUGUAAGGUGUUUCGUACUGUUUCCGAUUUUGGACAAGUACUGGUGAUAUGUAAAAGUGACAGUUUUUGAUAGUAUAACAGUCUUAAUCACUUAUUUACAAAAUUCUCAAAUACAAAGUGAAACAGUGAAAUUUAUUUUGUAUUCCAGUAGGUUUUUAUAGAAAAGUGAAAGGGCUAUUUUUCAGCAGAUUAAUAUAAAGAUUUUAAAAAAAAGGACCACUCAUUUGAGCUGUUUUUGACAAUGUUGCAUCUGGCUAUUUGCCUUUCUUUUGUUAGAUCGACUAGGAUCAAGAUCAGGUGGAAGAUUUCUGCCUAAUAUAGAGCAACAAAGGGAAAAAUAGUAUUGAUUAAUUUCUCAUUCUCUUGUAUUCUUUUGAGUAUAAAUACCAGUUUACAUCUCAAACCCGAAGCCUCCGUUCUAAGGUGGGAGAAUUUCUACUUGUGGAAAAUCUGAUAAAUUUUAACCGAUGUCACCGCUUUUGCUAAUGGGAUAGAGCAGUGCAGCAGUGAACAGCAAGGAUUACCUUCACGUUUUUAAAGGGAAAAUACAUGCAUACCCAAAAUAGAGGUGCUGAGGAGUAUUAGUAUGUAGUAUGAUAGUAAUAAGUACAGAUCUUUUUUGGGCUGGGGCGACAGUCUUUCAAAAUUUUUUUUGUUUAAAAACCACUAGAUCUCUAAAAAUGGGAGCAGGGAAGCCUCAUGUAAAAUUCUGUGAACAGCUAUAUUUCUCUCAGUCCAGACACUUAGUGAAAUCUUCAGCAAAGGAGGCAGUCCUUACGAAAUCUCAGGUAAAAUGCCUUUCAAAUGGUUUCGUUCGUUAGUUUGUAUAAAAUUUGCCUUGUACUGAAAUGCAUCUAAUGCUAGGGGGGUCUGGCUGCAGGUUAGGCGCAGGCUAUGUGAGUGAGGCUUUGCACGCACUCGACAAUGUGAGGAUUUGUUUUAUGAACAAAAGGGGUUCGUUUCUGUGGUCCUAUUAACUUUUCCUUUUGAAACAUAUUCCAGUAUUUUCAGGUAAAGCACCUAAAUGUUUGGCACAGCUUCCCACUUCAAAAACCCUCUCCAAAUAAAAGUAAAGAACACAAAACCAGACCUUGCACGUAUUACAGAACUGGAGGGAAAUGAAUGUACAAUAUACAGGUUAUUUUGGUUCACUGAGCAAGGUAAGGGGGGAGGAAGGGGUUAAGAUUCUGUUGUUAAUAAUUGAAAAAAAUGUAAAAGUGGCAUAGGAGCUUUUCCAGGCCAAGUAAAGAAAACAAUUGUAUUUAAUGUUUGGUAUGUUUAAAAAAAAAAAAAAAAAAAAAGAAAAAGAAAGAAAUAUCCUCCUUCACUCCUCUGUAAACGGCACUGUUAAUACAAGUUUCUCUGUAAAGCCAGGAUUUUCUGCUUUGUACACAGAGUAUGCUCUUUGUGUGGGUAUGUUGUGGGGUGGCAGUGGUGUUUUUCUUUUUUUUUUUUUUUUUGUAGCAGUGCAUACAGAAUGUGACGCUGGGGUUUUUUUGGCUGUAUGUCUGUCUCCUGAAAUGGAUUUGCCUUGCAUCUCUGGCACUUUACUGUCAUGGUUCUCUGCUUUUUUUUGUAUGGCACAGCAAGGUCUUGUGUAACUACUUUGUAUAGCAAGAGAAUAUUGCAUAUGUUAGUUAAAACAGUUAAAUCUGUAUAUGGAAAAAAAUUCAGAACUACUAAUUUCAUCACCUUAUGUUUGUUUUCUGAAAAGUUUUUUUUCUUUUUUUUUUUUUUUUUCUCCACAUGUGAACGUACUGUUGAGAUGGUUGUAAAAUGUGACUCUCUUGCAUUGUUCUGACCCUAGGUGGAAAAAUAGCGUUGCAGUUUUGAGAUGGGAGAUGGGAUUUCUGGAUGGUGUUCAGGGGUGGUUUUUGGUUUUUGUUUUGUCUUUGUUUUUUAUUUGUUUUUUGUUUUUUAAUCAUCUGGAGCCUACUAGUGGGGUAGCGUGUGUGUGUAUGUACAUACUGCAUGUUUUUACAUGUGGCACUUAACGUAUUUUGUUAGGUUGUUGUUCUAGAUUGAACUGUUAAAUACUGUGUUUGAGGCUUGUCAUUUUUAUAACUGUCUUGGUGUUUUAUUGCCGCUAUUUAUUACUUUUGAUAUACAGAAAGAGCUGCAUGCAUUUAUAGAGCAAUAAGAGGAUGUAUUUAAUGUGCCUUGUUUUUAACUGAAUAAGAACUGAAAGCAUGAAUCAAUAAAACUGAUUAAAAAUGG